CAGAAGUAACCAGACCCGGAAACGCCUUUUAAAAUAAAUGCGUCGUGUGUGUGAGUGGCGUUGUAUUGCGUUGCAGACCGUCACAGGCCUCGGACUCGCAGUCAUGGCUGGUAAAAGAGCUCUAGUGAUUCUGGCGAAGGGCGCGGAGGAGAUGGAGACGGUGAUCCCGGUGGAUGUCAUGCGCAGAGCGGGGAUUGCUGUUACAGUGGCAGGUCUGGCGGGUAAAGAGCCGGUGCAGUGCAGUCGUGAUGUCAUGAUAUGCCCAGAUUCAAGCCUAGAGGAUGCCCGCAAACAGGGUCCGUAUGAUGUGGUACUUCUGCCUGGAGGUUUGCUUGGAGCUCAAAACCUUUCUGAGUCUCCCGUUGUGAAAGAGGUGUUGAAGGACCAGGAGGGCAGGAAGGGUCUGAUCGCUGCAAUCUGUGCAGGCCCGACAGCACUCUUGGCUCACGGUAUCGCAUGUGGCAGCACAGUUACCACCCAUCCAGGUGCCAAGGACAAGAUGAUGGCUGGUGAUCAUUAUAAAUAUUCAGAGGCUCGUGUUCAGAAGGAUGGUAACGUGAUCACCAGCAGAGGGCCAGGAACCAGCUUUGAGUUUGCCUUGACUAUAGUGGAAGAGCUUAUGGGUGCAGAGGUUGCUUCCCAAGUCAAAGCCCCCCUCAUCCUGAAAGACUGAUCAUCAAACUGUGAAGAUCUCGCAUUUACAAUUGUACUGCUAUGCCAAUCUGAAAGGGAGUUGAAUUUAUUUGGUUUUGAGUUUUGCUUGCAUGUGAUUUUCUGUAGGAAUAUGACUAUUUAAUGAAGUUACUUAAAUAUAUAUUUGAAGAGAGUUGCUGCAAACUGGCAGUCGAUAAUCUAAAUGGCUUUUUAUGGCUUCCUGUGAGGUCUGAUUCCCAGUUCUCUUGCUCUGCACUUAUUAACUUCUGAACCAGAAUAAAGUCAUAGUGCACUAAACUCAUAA